CCCCUCCCUCCCUCCAUGCAGGCGACGCCGAGCGAGGCUGAGGCCGGGGGCGAAUCGCCGCAGAGCUGCGUGUCGGUAGCGCGCUCUGAUUGGACAGCGGGGAAGCCCGUCAGUGUAUUGGCCCCGCUGAUCCCGCCCCGGAGCUCAGGGCAGCCUUUACCCUUUGGCCCCAGCGGGCGCCAGCCACUCAGAUCGCUUCUUGUUGGUAUGUGUAGCGGCAGUGGCCGCCGACGGAGCAGUCUGAGCCCGACGAUGAGGCCGGGGACUGGAGCCGAGCGUGGAGGCCUCAUGGUGAGUGAAAUGGAGAGCCAACCUCCCUCGCGGGGUCCCGGGGACGGGGAGCGGAGAUUGUCCGGCUCAAACCUGUGCUCCAGUUCUUGGGUCUCUGCUGACGGCUUCCUGAGGAGACGGCCCUCGAUGGGGCAUCCUGGCAUGCAUUAUGCACCAAUGGGAAUGCACCCUAUGGGUCAGAGAGCAAACAUGCCUCCUGUACCUCAUGGAAUGAUGCCACAGAUGAUGCCCCCUAUGGGAGGGCCUCCAAUGGGACAAAUGCCUGGAAUGAUGUCUUCUGUAAUGUCAGGAAUGAUGAUGUCUCAUAUGUCUCAGGCUUCCAUGCAACCUGCCUUACCGCCUGGAGUAAAUAGUAUGGAUGUAGCAGCAGGUGCAGCAUCUGGUGCAAAAUCAAUGUGGACAGAACAUAAAUCACCUGAUGGAAGGACUUAUUAUUACAAUACUGAAACAAAACAGUCUACCUGGGAAAAACCAGAUGAUCUUAAAACACCUGCUGAGCAACUCUUGUCUAAAUGCCCGUGGAAAGAGUACAAAUCUGAUUCUGGGAAGCCUUAUUACUAUAAUUCUCAAACGAAAGAGUCCCGCUGGGCCAAACCAAAGGAACUUGAGGAUCUUGAAGGAUACCAGAAUACCAUUGUUGCUGGAGGUCUUAUUACAAAAUCAAACCUGCAUGCUAUGAUCAAAGCUGAAGAAAGCAGCAAGCAAGAAGAAUGUACUACAACAUCAACAGCCCCAGUUCCUACGACAGAAAUUCCUACCACUAUGAGUACCAUGGCUGCUGCAGAAGCAGCAGCUGCUGUUGUUGCGGCUGCUGCAGCCGCUGCAGCAGCCGCUAAUGCCAGUACUUCCACCACACCUACUAAUACUGUGGGAAGUGUUCCAGUUGCUCCUGAGCCUGAAGUUACUUCCAUUGUUCCUACUGUUGUCGAUAAUGAAAAUGCAGUAACUAUAUCCAAUGAAGAACAAGCACAGAUUGCUAAUACCACAGCCAUUCAAGAUUUAAGUGGUGACAUUUCCAGUAACACUGGAGAGGAACCAUCUAAACAAGAAACUGUAACUGAUUUUACUCCUAAAAAAGAAGAGGAAGAGAGCCAACCAGCAAAAAAAACAUACACUUGGAAUACAAAGGAGGAAGCAAAGCAAGCAUUUAAAGAAUUAUUGAAAGAAAAGCGGGUACCCUCUAAUGCUUCGUGGGAGCAAGCUAUGAAAAUGAUCAUUAAUGAUCCUCGGUAUAGUGCUUUAGCAAAGCUGAGUGAAAAAAAGCAGGCUUUUAAUGCCUAUAAAGUCCAGACUGAGAAAGAGGAAAAAGAAGAAGCAAGAUCAAAAUACAAAGAAGCUAAGGAAUCUUUUCAGCGUUUUCUUGAAAAUCAUGAGAAAAUGACUUCCACAACCAGAUACAAAAAAGCGGAGCAAAUGUUUGGGGAGAUGGAAGUUUGGAAUGCUAUAUCAGAGCGUGAUCGUCUUGAAAUCUAUGAAGAUGUUUUGUUCUUCCUUUCAAAAAAAGAAAAGGAACAAGCAAAGCAGUUACGAAAGAGAAAUUGGGAAGCCUUAAAAAACAUACUUGACAACAUGGCUAAUGUCACAUAUUCUACUACUUGGUCUGAAGCCCAGCAGUAUCUGAUGGAUAAUCCAACGUUUGCAGAGGAUGAAGAGUUACAGAACAUGGAUAAAGAAGAUGCACUAAUAUGCUUUGAGGAACACAUCCGGGCUUUAGAAAAGGAAGAAGAAGAAGAAAAACAAAAGACUUUGUUGAGAGAAAGGAGGCGGCAACGUAAAAAUAGGGAAUCUUUUCAGAUAUUCUUAGAUGAACUACAUGAACAUGGACAACUACAUUCUAUGUCCUCUUGGAUGGAACUGUAUCCAACUAUUAGUUCUGACAUUAGAUUCACUAAUAUGCUUGGUCAGCCGGUUUUUUCAUUAGGAUCAACUGCACUUGAUCUUUUCAAGUUUUAUGUUGAAGAUCUUAAAGCACGUUAUCAUGACGAAAAAAAGAUAAUAAAAGACAUUCUGAAGGAUAAAGGAUUUGUAGUUGAAGUAAACACCACUUUUGAAGAUUUUGUGGCAAUAAUAAGUUCAACAAAAAGAUCAACUACUUUGGAUGCUGGAAAUAUCAAGUUGGCUUUCAAUAGUUUACUAGAAAAGGCAGAAGCCCGUGAACGUGAAAGAGAAAAAGAGGAGGCACGAAAAAUGAAAAGAAAAGAGUCUGCAUUUAAGAGUAUGUUGAAACAGGCUGCUCCUCCAAUAGAGCUGGAUGCUGUCUGGGAAGACAUCCGGGAGAGAUUUGUAAAAGAACCAGCAUUUGAGGACAUAACUCUAGAAUCUGAAAGAAAAAGAAUAUUUAAAGAUUUCAUGCAUGUGCUUGAGCAUGAAUGUCAACAUCAUCAUUCAAAGAACAAGAAACAUUCUAAGAAAUCUAAAAAACACCAUAGGAAACGCUCCCGCUCUCGAUCGGGAUCAGAUUCAGAUGAUGAUGAUAGCCAUUCAAAGAAAAAAAGACAGCGAUCAGAGUCCCAUUCUGCUUCAGAACAUUCUUCUAGUGCUGAAUCUGAGAGAAGUUAUAAGAAAUCAAAAAAGCAUAAGAAGAAAAGCAAAAAGAGGAGACAUAAAUCUGACUCUCCAGAAUCAGAUACUGAACGAGAGAAGGAUAAGAAAGAUAAAGAUCGGGAAAGUGAAAAAGACAGAAGUAGACAGAGAUCAGAAUCAAAACACAAAUCACCUAAGAAAAAGACUGGAAAGGAUUCUGGUAACUGGGAUACUUCUGGCAGUGAACUGAGUGAAGGGGAAUUAGAAAAGCGCAGAAGAACCCUUUUGGAGCAACUGGAUGAUGAUCAAUAAAUUAUACCAAAUAUAUGUUUAUAGUAUGAUUUAAAGUCUAAUUCAGACCAGGGAUUAUUUUAAGUUCAAUUUACAUAAUAACACUGGGUUUUAAUUGUGUCACAGGAAAAAAAAGUGCAUUUAUGUAUUGUUAUUGUGGACUUUAUAAAAGCAAAGGAAAUUGAAAAUAACUUGAUUCUGUAUCAAGAAUCAUAUUUUCCUACGGUCAGAACUGUCUUUCUGUGACCCUUUCCUAGGGCACUGCAGGAUGGAUUAAAAGUGGCAAUUCACUGAUAGCUGCAGACGUCUCUACUUUGUUCUAAGUCAUGAGGGGAUUUGAUUUACUUUAUAGAAGUUGGAUUUUGAAGAUACAAUGAACAUUUUUUUGAUAAUGUAGUACAAAAAAAAGCACCAGCAACCCAUGAUAAGACUGCUUUUUUGUGCACUACUGAACUGAUGAAAGCCAACGUGAUCUUUUAUGGUGAGCUCUUAAGAAAAGGUGUUUUUGAUGGAAACUUGGUAGACCUUUAACUGGCGGUGCUGAUGAGCACUGCUGUAAUAAAGCCACCAUUUUUUUUAUGAAACAUCCGAAUACAUUUUAAAAAGGCUGUGAGGGCAUUAUUUUGAGCAUCUAUUUUGAGGUGAUGUUUUAAAAUUGCUAACAUCAAAUCAAAUUGUAAAUUACUUUAAAUAUAUUGCCUUAAGGACCUACAAAAGAAUGUGCCACCAAACUUUUGAGUGAUAGUUGAAAUAUCCUUGUAGUGGGGGGAAGAAAAAUCAAUGUUGACUUAAACAUUUUCUUUGAAUUUUUAAUCCAAUCUUUCUCUUUCACUUUUUUUUUUUAAAUUCCAUUGAGGAGGUUGUAAAUUGCCUUCCUUACUCACUGAGAAGUAUUGACUCCAUGGUACACAGUCUAAAGCAUUUCUGAUUUCAAUAUUUUUGUACAUUUUUAUCUAUUAUUAAACCUUCUCUUGUAGUGUGCACUAGUGUUUAUUUCUACACAAACUACUCAGCUCUAAGGAAAUUGUAUGAUCAUUUACAAGAUAAUAAAUCCCUAAAAUUUUGUUUCAUCCUACUCAUGGUAGCUACCUUAAUUUCCUUUUAUAAUAUUUAUGAAUAUAAAUCAGUGCAUUUAAGGUCCUUAGUGUUUUCACUUAUAAAUUUCCUAUGGAAUAUUUUAGAAAGGCAAUGGCUUAAGAUAGAAUACUCUUUACAUGCUAACUUUUGAAGGUUAGUAAUGUGAUUUAUACUAUUUUCCUUCAGUGCAGGAGGGCUUUGGUUUUGUAUGUGUGUAUGUGUUUUGUUUCUUUGUUUUUUUUUUUAAGUAUUCAGCACUUAGUCUUCAGUAUUGUCUUAGGUAUUAUCUUGAUUCUUUUAAUUUGGACUUGCUGAGAUUGUCUCUUUCAAGCUGAGAUUUAGAUACAAUAUAAAUUGUUUCAUUGCCCUUUAAAUGAGUUGGGACAGAUCAGUACAACUGUUUUUCCAUCCUGUCCAGUGUUUUAAUUAAAUCUAGUGGUCACUUUAAAAACUCAGAAAAGGGAGAUACUUUGUUUCUAAACUUCUCAUUGCCAUGUCAUUUUCUGUUUGAGGAAAUAUGAAAUAAUCAAAGUGCUUGCUUGAGAUUAGUUCCCCAUUAUAUGUCACUCAAAAUAUCUAGCAACUUUGGCAACAGAACUUCCUUGAAUUUGAUUGUCAGAGGUCCCAAUUUAGCAGUAGUCAAGAUUGCUGAUGAGUCUGAACCCUUGACAUGGAGGUCAGAGAGUCAUUAAAUCAUGCGUAUGACAUUGGGAGGUAAACCAGUAAUGUUUCAGAAGAAAAAUUAGAAUCUGUAAAACAUGUUUUAAUUCCAUGAAUGAUUUUUAAAGUACAACUUUAAAUUUUUGAUAUAUUUGAAUAAAAAGCUAUUGAUGUGUUUUGUUCUAGCAUGUCCUCAAAAUAGAUUUCUGUAUUUCUUAUAAUUUCUUAAUAUUUUCAGAUCCCUAUAAAACAUUUUAAAUUAUCCUUGCAGUUAACCUAUGCAAACCAGACAUAGCAAAAAAUAUAAGUGAUUAUCUUGAUUAAACAGAUUUUUAAAGGCAGUUCUUGUGUUACUGCGAACAGAUCAAUAUCAUAACAACCCUAUUGAUUUAAAUAGAAGUUUUAUCUCAGUGUAUGGAAUUUUUACUUUAGGAAACUAGAACUGUAAUAUCCUUGCUAUAAAACAUGUAAAUCAAGUCUAUUCCAUUGUCUUCUCUUGAUUAUCCCAUUCAACGAACUUUAGUUGUUAGAAAAAUGUAGUAUGAAGGUACUAAAUCUUUGAAUAUUUUAAAUCCACUAGAUAUUUCUAAAUCUUGAAAAGAUUUGGCAAGACUGACUUAUCUUUGAAUAUUUGUUCUUCUAGAUUUGAAUCUGAUUUAUUCAAAUGGGAAAGAAUUUGUUUAUAUAUUUCAGUUAAGACUAGGGGCUCUGAUGUUGAAACUUAAUUUUUUUCUCAGCAUCACUAUUAUUAAGCUUGCUAAUGUAUUUAAUAACAGGCAAAAUUUUGGCCUUGAAUAUUUGAUAUUCUUAUUUUCUCCUAUUCCAUCCCUUUUAUGUUGAGGAAAAUUUGUAAGAGUAGUUAGUGUGACCAAUUUAGCAUGAGGAUAAUUUGCAAUCUUCCCAAAUGAAUUUAAAUACUGUGAUAGGGCUAUCAAUUUCAUUUUUUAAAAUGUUACUGUUUAUUUCAACAUGUAAAACUUUCUGUGUCUUCUGGUAAGUUUGAUAAAUGACAAGUCACAAUUAUUUCAUCUUUUGGAUUUUUCUUUAAGUGGGGCCUGAUGUUGACUAGCUGUGAAAUGAAACAAAAAACGGAUAUUCCUAGAGUACGGCAAUCCAUUUAGAGUGCUAAUAGCCUCUAAAAAGCCUACAUGUGUUUUUCUGUGAACUAUUUGUAGUUCUGGAUUGUAGUGUGCUGCUGUCAUUCAUUUAUAUGCUUUACUAAGAAGCAUUUGCUAAAUGCUCCUGGUUGUACUCCAGUGCUAAAAGUUGACUAAGUGUUCCCUAGACAUUUUGGGUCCAGAAGAGGAAAAUUGGAUUUACAUUUUAUGUAAGCAUUCUAAUCAGAUAAUACUUAGGGAAGAGUUAAGAAGAAUGGCUUGAAGAUUAUAGAAUUUUAACAUAAAAUGAUGUAUACUUAAAUAAAAAAUUUUUAAAUUUUAAAAACAAUCUAACAGAAAUGAAAACAAACUAGAGUUAAUUCCUUAAAUAUAUUUUCCUUUGAGGAAUCUCUCAGUAUCAGAUUUUAAUUGAACCCACCUUCCUCUUCUAGGUUAAACUACACUUGAUUUAUUUACAAAAAUGGAAAGAAAAAUGAUGCUAUGAUUUUUUUCAUGGAACUACAGGAAGCUUAUGUUUUCUGAUAAUGACAUUUGCCAGACUGACAAUGAUUAUUCUCUAUUUAAUCCACCAUUUAUUUUGAUGUCACUGAUAGUCAACAUGAAUUCCUCGCCUGGGAUUUAUCUCUUUCACUACUGUGUGUGUGUGUGUGUGUAAUCUGUUAAUUAAUUAGGACUGUACCUGGCACACAGUAGGCACUUAACAAAUAGACGUAAAUUAUCAGUUGAUACAUGUACUCAUCUAGGACCAUAGCAUCCCAUCCUCCAUAUUAAUGGGCUUAAACGGGCAUCAUUGCAAUUAAACCAUACAACUCAGAACUGAUGCCUCAUUCAAAAUCUACAAAAAAGCCUAGUAACUAUAACUUAGGAAGUGUCCACAGCUUAAUGAGAACAUAAAAUUCAGACUUAUAAGAUGCAAACAUUUUAGGUUUUAAAAAAUAGGAUGAGUCAUGGUAACAUGAUAGCACUCCAUUUAUAGGAGCUCACUUCAGAGUGAAAAUGAAAGAAGUCCUAUUCUUUGCUUAGCUGUCCUCCAUUUUAGUUUUUCCUGGUCUAAGUUGCUUAAUAAGAUGCUAUCCCUAAACCUGCUGUACUCAUAGCUGGAAUUGAGAUUGAGUGGAUUAUAAUUCAAGGCCAUCUUGUGUAAUUGAUGUUUGACAGUGAUUACCCUAGUGCAAUUAAUGUUUACAAUUCAGAGAAACAGGCUAGCCCACAGCCCUGCUCUUUCAUCUAUGGAGCAGAUCACAUUCAAGCUAAGCCAUUUUUUGAUACUAUGCUGUGAUUGUUACUAGAUUAUCUACUUGUUACUGAUACCUUUUUGUUUGUUUUUUGGUCCUGACUAUUAACAUUUUGGGUAGGUGUUAGGCUUCUUGCCUUCCUCUACAACUGAACAGAGGACUUACUCAAAAAGGUGAGUAAUUGGGAAAAGGUUUCUCUUUUCUAUGUAAUCACCAGGUUUUUACUUCUGUUUAUAUAUUUUCUUGAUGUAAAGAACCUCGUAGCUUUAACAGUAGACCUUUUGUAAAUAGAAAAAUAGCAUAUUUUAUUAAAUAAGUUGGAUUUGU